CCAACCAGCAAGACGGCUCCGGUGGCUUAUUGACGAAAGUACCCCUCCCUCCCUCCCUCCGUGGAUUUUGAAAUCGUUCUUCUUCUCUCUCUCUACAUCACAAUCCAAAUCCCUAGUUUUCGCAUUCAGGUGGCUUUAGCUACAAUAUGUAUCAAGGAGCUUUGAAGAGGGACAAGUUCACUCGAAGGAGCUCUCGUAUUCUCGCUGGUAAAAUAAAAGCAGGUGCACCUUCAGCAAAGAAAGAUUUUGCUUCUUCAAUUAAACCAGCUACUGAAGUUCCUCACUCUUCUUUUCAGUUCCAUGUCUGCUCAGAUGAGGGAAUUAAUCUGCAUGUUGAUUUAAAUUUGUCCCCAUCAGAUUGGACUAACAGGUUUAGAAAAGAGGUUCGCAUAAGUGAGAACUUGAGAGGAAACAAACCAUGGAGUCUUUGGCAGGAUCUCCAUGGAUUAGAAGAGAAUUCCAAAAGGGGGAAUUUUUCCUUAUUGUCGAAUACAAGCUCUGGUCAAAUAGAUAAUUGUGAUGAACAGGUCAAAUCUUCCUCAAGCAUGAAAUUGAUAAAAGACAAUGUUGCAGAGUUAGAUCAACAGAACAGAGGUAACAGACCUUUAAUAUCUCAUUGCUUAGCUCCAUGUAGCAUGAAUUCAAAACAGGAAGAUGAUUUACAGGAAAAUCAAUCAGCUGUAUCAGCUGAGCUGACUGUAAAUGCGGUUGAUAAUGUAAUGCAAGAUCAAUCAACUGUUGAAGUAAGUUAUGGUCCACCGAGCAGUUUUAUUUCUGGCGCUGAAUCUUGCGCUAAAGAUAUGUCUAAGAGAAUCCAUGAUUCAGGUGCUGCCAAUACUACAUUCAAUAAGUCACUUUGUGAUUCUGUUGGCAACUCACUGUCUGAGCCUGGAACACUGGAGCUUCAAAAUUCAAAGCCCGACAAUGAAUAUUAUGAGGAUUGUGCUCUGCCAAAUAGUUCUUUCAUUGUGAACCCUGGUGUGAGUUGUGCUGGAGCUUCAUUAAGUAAUUCUGGGGAAAUACAAAAUUCAGAAGUUGCAAGUUGCAAUAAAUAUACAUUAGUUUCACUCUGUGACAAUGACGGAUCCCUGGAGUUAUGUUAUCCAAAGAACACCUCGGACGCAGAACAGGGUGGACUAGUAAACUCAAGCGAGACUAAUUUCAUUAUUGAUGGGAACGAUUUCCCAUCACUUAUUGAAGAAUGGGAGGUGGGCAAGACUGUUGAUGGAAGGGAGAGUUCAGCAUGCUCCCAAUUUGACGACCCGCUUAUGAAAUCAUGUCUAGAGUCUACUGAUCAGGAUUCUAAAAUGGAGCUUCGCCGAAAGAGGAAAAACAGAGACUCUGAGAUUCAAGAUUCUAGUGAUACACCUGCUACCAGAAUUUUAAGAAGCAUGAAGAAUACUGCUGUGAUGGUCCUGCGUAGAAGAUCCACAAGGCUAAUCUCCAAGUGAGUUCAUGAAGUGCUUUAGUGCGCCAUUUGGAGGCAUUAGUUCCAGUUUUUUGGGUGAUAUUAUAUCCAAUGCUCCAAAGUGGGAAAAUGACAUUCCAUAGGUCGCGUCAUUCUUUUUGAAGAGUUAUACCACAGUUAAAAAUAAUGUAGUCAUUCAGUUAGAUUUUAGUUACAGUUGAAGAAUGAGCCAUAUAGUUCUUUCUAUAUUUGGUAUGUAAAAAUUAUGGAAGUAUUCUGUUUAAUAUGCACCCUUUAAGAUACUACUAUUUCCAAGUGUAUUUUUUUUCCAGAGCCAACAGUUCAGAUUUAUAGAAUAUAUCCAACAACCAUGGUCAAUAAGUUUGAUGGAA